UCUAUUGUCUUUCAUGGAUUACUUCAAGAUUCUCCCCCUGGAGAUCAAAUUAGACAUCUUAACCCGCUUACCAACCGAAUCGGCCCUUGAAUGUAAAUCAGUAUGCACUAAUCGGAGAUCUGUUGUUGGUCAUCCAUCAUUUUCUAAGAUACACUUUCAUCAUCAUCUCACUCAUCAUCUUGCUGCUGAAUCUGGUGAGUUGGGUUUUCUUGUUUUGACUCGCAGGCGAUUACACUAUUUCGAAUAUAAUCAGAAUCAUGAUCAGUCAAAAAAUCCCAUUCAGAGUAUUACAAGAAUUAAUUUUACCCCUCCUUUUAAGCAUUUUAGGUUUGUUGGUUCCAUUAAUGGGUUGGUUUGUCUUCUCGACAACACUUACAACAGACCCAGAUCUGUUUGGAUUUGUAACCCUAUCACCAGAGAAUGUCUUAUGCUUCCGGAAAUCAAAAGAGAUUGUGAUUCCGAUGGGUAUAGUUAUGACGAGACCAGCUUUGGUUAUGUUUCUUCAACCAAUGAAUACAAAAUUGUUAGGUUUUAUGAGUUGGAGACCAGUUUAGAAGUCCAUAUAUACACUCUCGGAAGUGGUGAUGGAUGGAGAAACCUUGGAGAGUUCAAUUAUGGAUCUGAAAGUCUAUAUUUGGAACAUGGGGUUUUCUUUGCCAAUGAAACUCUUUAUUGGCUGGACGAUGAAUUAGAAAUGAUUGGUACCUUCGACAUGGCGGAGGAAAAGUUUUGUCAACAUCUUGCACCACCUCCUUUGCCACCAGACACUAAUUGGAUACUCCAAUAUACUAAUAAUUUAGGGGGUUUUGAUGGGUUUUUGUUUUUUGCUCUUAAGGACAAAGUUGACGGAUUUAAUGACAUAUGGCUACUCAAAAAGAAGAAUCAUAAUCCUGACAAGGAAGAGGGAGAGGAACAUCAGUCAUUGGGUUGGAGGAAAGAGUUUAGGAUUGAUGGUAUGAAGUCAAUGGACUUGUUAGCCGUUAGGAAGAGUGAUGGUGUUUUAACCAACAGUGAUGAUUACAUCAACAUUUACGACACAAAAACUUCAACCUGUAAAAGCCUUGUGAAGUUUUGGAGUUGCAUUGCACAAGUAUCUCCUCACAAGAACACCUUAGUUUCAUUCAAAGAAUUGGGGGAAAAAGAUAUUAAAGUGAUGGAGUCGGCUGAAAUUGAGGAGACAAAAAGCAGCGAGCAGCUACAGGAGGAUGCGGACGCUGAAUACAUUUACCUAUAAAAACUGGAUAGAAACAUCCAGCACCAUGGGUCCAUCCUAUAGGAAUGGCAAUAGUUGUACCUUUCGGCGACGUGUUGAUGGCGCAUUGGGAGCAGUAAAUUUGUGAACUGUUGUUUGUCAUCUCAUUUCCUGGUUUGCCUUCUGCCGUGACAAAUUCUGUUGGUACAAGGCUUAUCUUUUCUCAUGCUAAUCAAAUGCGUAAUUGAGAGUCUGCCUGUGUAUUUUGUCC